AGAAAGAUACAGCGAUCCGAUCAGUGGAAAACAAUACGCGCCAACCGAUUUUUUGGCUAGCGCAAUAAUAAUAACGGGUUUUCGUAAAGGUUUCUGCCAAAAAAAAAACAAAAAAAACCAACAAAGUGAUUUUCCACCAAACAAAAAAAAAAUAACGUGUGUGUUUAGUGCGAGAAGAUGGCCAACAAUUGACAAAAAAAAUAUACAAAUAGCUGCAUUUUUGGUGGUUUAACAUUUGAAAUAAAAAGACAUAGCCUUGGAUCAACAGAAAUACCAGCUAAGUGCCGGUUCAAAGCGGUUAAAGGCGGCCAGCUACUUUACCUUUUAACAACAAACUUAAACCACCACCACCACCACAGCUGCAACAACAACAACAACAACAACAAUAACCACUGUAAAUCAGCUUAAAAUUAAUUGUCGCCCAAGUGAAGUGAACCGCAAAACUGUGAAGUGAACGUGUAAGAAGCAAAAAGAAACAAAACAGAAGAAGCCGAAGCAACAGAGACUGGUACCAUUAAAACUGUGGGGGUUCCAUCUGUGGCUUAAAGCAUCAUAUUUGUAUGCUUCCAAAUAGGUUUCAGGAAACUAUGGAAACAUCGCAUCAUAAUCACCAAAAUCCAGCUUUUAUAGGCGACGAUGGACGCAGCACAGCGAGCACUGUGGUGAUAUCGUCCAACAGUCCGGUGCCGGGCGCUACAGCAGCCGGUCGCGAUAAUGCCGACCAGGAGGCAGGAGCGGGCAAAUUGUCAGAGGAACGUGCCACCUGGGGCAAGGGAGUGGAGUUCCUAAUGUCCUGCAUCGCCAUGUCGGUGGGCCUCGGCAAUGUCUGGCGAUUCCCCUUCACCGCUCUCGACAAUGGCGGUGGUGCCUUCCUCAUACCAUAUCUCAUUGUGCUGUUUCUGAUUGGCAAACCGAUUUACUAUCUGGAAAUGGUAAUUGGUCAGUUUUCCAGUCGCGGUUCAGUAAAGGUUUUCGAUUUGUGUCCAGCGAUGAAAGGUGUUGGAAUCGGUCAGGCACUGCAGGUGUUUAUGCUCAGCACAUACUAUGCCGCACUGGUGGCGAUAAUUGGUCGAUACUUUUAUGAAUCAUUCCGCAACCCAUUGCCCUGGGCCAAAUGCCACGAGGAGUGGGGUAGCAACUGCAUUGAUUCCGCCCCCGAUGCACGUAAUUGGCUUCCACAAGAUCCACAAGAUCCACAAGAUCCACAGGAUGAUCAACCGAUACAAAAAAAUUACACAAUAAAUGAUGAGAGUCAACGGGUUCGGACCAGUUCGGAAUGGUAUUUUGUAAAGGAAGUGCUGCACGAGAAGCACGACAUCAUCGAUGGCAUUGGUCUGCCCAACUGGGAAUUGGUCAUUGGCUUAUUCGUCGCCUGGCUGUGCGUCUUCCUCAUCAUUCGACGCGGCGUCAAGAGCUCCGGGAAGGCCUCCUAUUUCCUGGCCAUCUUCCCCUAUGUGAUCAUGGGUGUACUCCUCAUCCGUGCCGUCACCCUGCCGGGCGCCGCCGAUGGCAUCUUGUACUUCAUCAAGCCGCAGUGGGGCAAGAUAUUGGAUCCGAAAGUUUGGUAUGCCGCCGUCACGCAAUGUUUUUACUCUCUCUCCGUUUGCUUUGGCAACAUCAUCAUGUACUCGUCGUUCAACAAAUUCGGACACAAUGUCCAUCGGGAUGCGGCGAUUGUCACGGGUCUGGACACGAUCACAUCCCUGCUGGCGGGCUUCACCAUCUUCGGUAUCCUCGGGCACUUGGCCCACGAGAUCGGCACCGAUGACAUUGGCACUGUGGUGAAGGGCGGCGCUGGCCUCGCCUUCAUCUCGUAUCCCGAUGCCAUUGCAAAGUUCAAACAGCUGCCGCAGAUCUUCUCGGUGCUGUUCUUCCUUAUGCUGUUUGUCCUGGGAAUCGGCUCGAACAUCGCCAUGACUUCCUGCUCGGUGACGGCCAUAAGAGAUCGUUUUCCACACUUCAAGCAAUGGCAGUGUUCCCUCUUUAUAGCAAUCAUUAGCUUUGCCAUUGGCUUGAUGUACAUAACACCGGGCGGACAGUAUAUGCUUACCCUAGUGGACUUCUUUGGGGCCUCAAUGAUUGCCUUGGUCCUGGGCAUUGCAGAGCUCUACACCAUUGGCUGGAUCUAUGGCACUGAUCGGCUUUGCAAGGACAUUGAGUUCAUGCUGGGCCGCAAAGUGGGUCUCUAUUGGCGACUCUGCUGGAGCAUCUUCACCCCAUUGAUUAUGACUGUAAUCCUGAUCUACUUCUAUGCCACCUAUGAGCCCCUGACCUACAACGACAAAAUCUACCCAGGCUGGGCGUACAGCAUCGGUUGGACCAUCACUGCCUUUGGCAUUCUCCAGUUGCCCGUGUGGAUGAUUGUGGCCAUUGUCCGGGAUCCGGGCAGAACUUUGGGUGAGAAGAUCACUGGCGCUUUCACUCCAACGAAAAACUGGGGUCCCCUCGAUCCCCUGCUGCGGGAGCAGUAUCACAAAGAGAUUGACAACGAAUUGACCCCGAAGCGGGGUCAAGGCGUUUGGCCCGCCAUCAAGCAGAAUAUUUUUGGUUAGCCGGAGAUCUGUACGUAUUGAGAGAGCCACCAUUGUAAAUAGUUUUGUGAAUGUAUAUUUUUUAAGUUGUGAAAAAGUAUACUAGAAGAUCUUGUAUAACUCUUAAGUCUGCCAAUAAAGUGAAUAAGUAUGUAAA